AUGAAAUAUCCGCUCGCCAUCGUCGCGAAGAUGAUCGACGUAUACGGCAACAACAUCAAACUCGGCUAUGACAUAGCAUGCGCGUUCACGAAGACUGUGGAGACAAGCUCCAUUGGCGCAAAGGCGCGGGCAGCGCGCUUCUCGGGCGUCGUAGCCGCCUUCCAUGGCUAUAGCCACAACAGGGGAUGCCAACUGGACUGGCAUCCUCUGUAUAUGGAAGGCGUCGGUAAGGAAGACUUCGAAGGUUGUGAACGCCUGUUUUCUGAAUCCAAUGCGCUUGCUGUGGGUACGCGGCUUUCGACUGCCUUCCACCGCCAUCAAGCAAUUGAGGAGUUUUUCGGGCACUGGGCUGAGCGAAAACAUGUAGAAUCGGCCUCGUUCAUCUGGAACAACUACCGGCAAGCUCUAGAAAUCAUUCGUCUCGAUGGUGAGGUUGUCCGAGUGCUGUCAGAUGAACUACGAGCAGGACCAGCCGAAUACGAGAACUAUGUUGCAGAAGAGCGCGCGUAUCUACGUGGCCUGAAGGCGGAACCAUUGUCGGUCAGCCGUCGGAUCGAUUACCUGGAGGUAUUGCUGAAGUUAGAGAAUGCCUGGUAA